AUGACAGAAAAAAUGAGUAGUAUACCGCCUAUUGUUGGACUCAAAUCAAAUGCAUCAGUGGACACUUUUUAUAGUCGUAUAAAGCGUAGACAUCUUAUUGGUGCUGCACUAAUAUUUCUUGUUGUACUUUCAACUGCACUCCUAAUUACUGUAAUUGUUCAGGCAAAAAAUCGUAGACAAAACAAUAAUAACAAUGCCAAUCAAUACUGUCUCAAUCAAGGAUGUCUUUCAGCAGCAACACAUCAAUUACGUUUUAUGGAUACUACAGCAUUAGCUGAUCGUUGUACAGAUUUUUAUAAGUAUGCAUGUGGUGGUUGGGAACAAACACAUCCAAUUCAAUCAUUCGAUACUGAACGAACAAUACUUGGCGAUGUUAUUAGUCGACGUGAUGCCGAUAUUGAACGUCUUCUUGAUUCCCCUAUCUCUCGUACGUCUCCAACAACUUGGGAAUAUAAAGUUAAAACUUAUUAUACAGAAUGUAUAGAUGAUUAUGCACGUGUACCUGAUAGUGGUAAAGCAAUGGUAGAUCUAAUCGGAGAUCCUGCUGCGGUCGAUGGUUGGUUUCUUUUUGAUAAUAGUGCUGCAAAUGCUAGUCAAACUUCUUUAUUAAAACCUCAACCUGUUGUUACACAAAUAUCACGUGUUCAUGGAGGUCUUGGUGCAAAUGUUGUAUUUGGUUUACGUGUAAGAUUUGAUGAUACAGAUCCAAAUAUUAAACAACUUGAAUUCUUUCCAGCUGGUUUAACAUUGGAAAUUAAUGAUUAUCUUCUAAAUGAUACAGUAUCACAAACACGUCGGUCUGCUUAUCGAUCGUAUAUUCUCGAUGUAUUAACUUUACUUGUAAAAGAUGCUAAAAUAAACGAUGAAAAUCUUAAUGAUCGUAUUUCUACUGUUAUUGAUGAUAUAAUUGGAGUUGAAACCGCUUUAGCUCAAGCUCAUCAAAAAAGUUUAAAUAAUGGUGAUAAAAGAAUAUCAAUGACGUUACAACAAAUGUCUGAUAAAUACAUGUUUAAUUUUGUUGAAUUCAUGGAACAUGAAUUAGUUGAUCCAAGCAUUGUAUCUGGUAUAACAUCAGUUUACGUUACAAAUCCAAUAUAUUUUGACGAAGCAUUUGCAUUCUUAUCAAAUAACAAUGAUCCAAUAUAUGCUCGAUGUAUUCAUAAUUAUAUGCGAUGGAGACUUGUUCAUACAUAUAUUGAGGAUCUUGCAUAUAAUUAUGUACAUGCAUAUCGAGUAUUUCUUAAUAAAUAUUAUAUUCAUACAUUACAUUCAACAAAUGAAGCUUAUUGUACACGUGAAGUUAUACGAAGAUUUCCACUUGCUAUUCAUCGUUUAUAUACAAUGAAUUCAACAAAAGAUUCAAAUACAAUGGAAACUGUUCAAAAGAUGUUUGAUGCAUUAAAAAAUGGAUUAAAGAAAUAUAUUAAUGAACAAGCAACAUGGAUGACUGAUGAAACAACAAAAGCAAUAGCAAGACAAAAAAUAGAUGCACUCACAGCUGCUAUUGGUUAUGCUAGUAUUGCUUCAGAUGAUGCACGUCUUGACGAAUAUUAUGCAAGAUUUGCUGUUGGUGAAAAAUCUCAUUUUGAAAAUGCAUAUGGUUAUCAUCGUUUUCAUACAUGGACAAUUUCAAAUUCAUUAUUAAAUCCUAGUCAACUUGAUCAUUGGGAUCUUUUUGAAACACGAACAAGUCGACUUUUUGAUUAUAUUGCAAUAUUUAAUCGACUUUUUGUUAUUACUAGUGCUAUGAAUGAACCACUUUUUAAUGCUCAAUGGCCAUGGGCAAUGAAUAUGGGUUCAUUAGGUGUUCUACUUGCUCAAAAACUCUUUGCUAGUAUUGAUGGACCAGAAGGUCGUAUACAUGCAGCUAAUGGAACACGAAUACCUGAUUGGUGGUCAACAUUAACAGAAAAUGCAUAUAAUACAAGUCGUCAAUGUAUAACUAAUUAUUAUGUACGUGAUAUACAAACACUUCCGUAUAAUAUAAAUGGUGUACAAGUAUCAGUUAGACUUGCUGGUGAACCAUUUUCUCCAACAACUCUUCGACAUAUUGGUGCUCUUCGUUUUGCCUAUACAACAUUGAAAGAAAACGAUCAAAUGAAAUCAUUCAAAAUGCCUGGUACAAAUUUAACAAAUGAACAAACAUUUUUUCUUGCUUAUGCUCAAACACAAUGUUAUAAACGAGAAGAUUUACUUCAAUUUGUAGCAACACAAUUAGGUAUUUAUGAUGAAAGAACAGCAUUAAAUGCUGCACUUAUUCAUAUGCCAGAAUUUUCUGAUGCAUUUCAAUGUAAACCAAAAGAUAAUAAAUGUUUUUGA